AUGGUUGCCAAAUUUGUGAUUUUCUGCGGAAUGGUGGCGGCGGUAUCAGCAAUUGCUGUGCCUGUCCAAAACGUGGCCUACUCCGCCCCCAUCAGCUACGCUGCCCCUCUCGCUAAGGUUGCCUACGCCGCACCCGUCACCAAAAUCGCCUAUGCUGCCCCCGUAGCUAAAUACAUCGAACAAGAAGCACCCGCUAAUUACGAAUUCCAAUACUCAGUGCACGAUGACCACAGCGGCGAUGUCAAGCAACAGCAGGAGUCUCGCGCCGGUGACGCUGUUCACGGAUCCUACUCCCUCGUGCAACCCGAUGGUGUACACCGUAUUGUAGAAUACACCGCUGACAAAGUGAACGGAUUCAACGCUGUUGUACGCUAUGAAGGACACCCUAUCCAAGCUCCUGCACCCGCCAAGAUUGCGUACGCCGCACCCGCUAAGAUUGCGUACGCCGCACCCACCAAGUUUGCAUACUCGGCACCCAUCUCCUACGCCGCUCCUGUUGCCAAGGUCGCCUACUCUGCUCCCAUCACUUACAGCGCCCCAGUCGCUAAGGUCGCAUACGCUGCCCCCGUUGCCAAAGUAGCAUACGCUGCAGCCCCAGUCGCAAAAUUAGCUUACCAAACCAAUCUCGGCCACGUCUCCUUCUCCUCACCAGUUGUGUCAUACAGUCACUAGAUUAAGGAAAAUUGUUAAUUAACUAUUUAUUAUGUAAAAUAUACGAGCUCAGUCAACGCA